GCGGGAGUGGAAGGAGGGCUGCAGGGCAGGGCACCGCGAUGGUGGCAGGAUGGAAGACCUGGCGGUGAAGCAGGGCUUCCUGUACCUUCAGCAGCAGCAGACUUUUGGAAAGAAAUGGCGCAGGUUUGGGGCUGUGCUGUAUGGACAGUCGGGCUGUGCCUUGGCCCGGCUGGAGCUCCAGGAGGGCACGGAGAAGCCGCGCCGUGGAGAGGCUGCCCGGAGGGUGAUCCGCCUCAGUGACUGUCUGCGGGUGACCGAGGCCAGUGGGGAGGCCAGCAGCCCCAAGGACACCAGCGCCUUCCUCUUGGAGACCAAGGAGCGCCUGUACCUGCUGGCGGCCCCCACUGCCGAGCGUAGCAACUGGAUGCAGGCCAUCUGCCUUCUAGCCUUCCCUGGCCAGAGGAAGGAGCCGGGACCCGAGGGGAAGGGCAGCAGGCCCUGCAUGGAGGAGAAUGAACUGUACAGCAGCACCAUCACAGCGGCCCCCUGCAAGGAGUUUGCUGUGACCAUGAGACCCACGGAAGCCAGUGAGAGGUGCCGGCUCCGGGGGUCCUAUACCCUCCGGACUGGAAAGAAUGCUCUGGAGCUGUGGGGUGGCCCUGAGCUGCGAUCCCCUUUGUACAUCUGGCCCUAUAGGUUCCUGCGGCGCUUUGGGCGAGACAAGGUUACCUUUUCCUUUGAGGCAGGACGGCGGUGCGUCUCUGGAGAGGGAAACUUUGAGUUCGAAACCCGGCAAGGCAAUGAGAUCUUUUUGGCCCUGGAAGAGGCCAUCUCUGCCCAGAAGAGUGUAGCCCCUCCUGGGCCACAAACCCAACCAGCCACAGUCCCAGCAGUGCUGCCCCGGCCGGAGAGCCCGUACUCCCGGCCGCACGACUCACUGCCACCACCUUCACCCAGUACCCCUGUGCCCACCUCCCGGCCACGGGGCCCGGAGGGGGAAUAUGCAGUGCCCUUUGAUGCGGUGGCCCGUAACCUGGGGAAGAGCUUGAGGGGCAUCCUGGUGGUCCCUCCCCAGCCCUCAGUUGACCCUCUGUAUGACAGCAUUGUGGAGCACCGGCCUUCAAGACCUGACCACAUAUACGAUGAGCCCGAGGGUGUGGCAGUCCUGUCCCUGUAUGACAGCCCACAGGAACCUCAGGGUGAGGCCUGGAGGAGGCAGGCCACAGCUGAUGGAGACCCCAGUGACCUCCAGCACAUCUACCCAGUGGGGAAGGACUUCUCUGCCUCUGGCUGGCCACAGGGAACUGAGUAUGACAAUGUCAUACUUAAGAAAAGCCCAAAGUGAUGGUGGGCAGAGAGUUGUGCGUCCUAUUGAAUGCCAGCACCCAGGAGGGUCUGUGCACACCAGGAAUGGCUUAGAGGCUGGAGAGAAGGAGCCAGAGGGGGAAGGUAGGCCUCCCCUUUAGCUUCUGCUGAUGACUCCUCCUGCCCACUGCAUCCCAGGAACCUCCCUCUGCUCCUUCUACAAACCCUAGGCUCGGCCCGCCCUAGUCUGGUCCAAGGAAUUGUUCCUCCCUGUUUGCUGCGUGUCAGGAUCCCAAAGCAGGAAGAGUGCCCUGAAGAGACCCGCCCUCCUCCUACUCCUUUCCCACUUCCUCUUGUUUCUUUCCCGGGUCUAACAGAACUUCAGGCAUUUAGGGUAAAAGACAAAAGGAUGUCAGCAAAUCGCUUGCUCCCUGGGCUUGUGCAGGCCUCCUGCCUGCUCAUGUCCCCUCUGGGGGACAGCCCUGGCUCCAGGCACUCAGGAGGGUGGCUUUCUGCAGGUUUGGGACUUCUCUGUGGCAUUAAACAUUUCUAGAAUG